AUGAAGCGGGUGACCAGGAUGCUGCAAACGGACAAGCUUCUGCCACGUAUGAGCCCCCGUAGCCGCAUGACUUUCUCCCCUUGUUAUUCUGCUGUUGCUGUCUCCCUUGGCGUUCCUCGUACAAUUCCUCGGAAUGAAUCUUCUUCUUCAUAUCCUCGUCUAAUUAACUUCCCAGUAAUUGUAAUACUAUCACCUUCUUCACCUCUGAAUCAUCUUUGUUCAACAAACCAUUACAACUCCCUCCGUUUUCCUUCUCUGAAGAACUGCUACUAUUCUUCUUCCUCAUCAACAAGUUCGGAACUCCCCGCCAUGGAAAAGGAAAAGUACUCCAAAGUUUCAAUCAAGGAUCAGCAGAGAGAAGGGUUCGCCAAAAGUUCCUGCGAUUACGAUCCUUCAAACCCACCCUUCCACGAGAUUCUUCCUCAUCUCUUGAACAUCUAUGGAUCCCGUGGCACAGCUAAAGAUUUCGAAAUUUAUGCUCCUGAUGCAACCUUUGAAGAUCCACUCAUGCGUGCUCAAGGGUUGAAGCAGAUAAAGUCGGCAUUUUAUUCAAUUCCUAAGGUGUUCAGUGAAUCGAGAAUUGUAGAAUACAGCAUCAAAGAGAAUACCAUUUCGCCUGGGAAUAAAGAGAUACUCAUGGACAACAAGCAAUAUUACAAGUUCAUGGGGAGGGAUAUACAUAUGAUAUCACUUAUAAAGUUACAGCUGAAGGAUGGGAAAAUAGUCCGUCAUGAAGAUUUGUGGGAUAAAAAGCCACUGAAAAACAGAGAAACUGUGCAGUUUCCGCUGAUAGGACGGAUCUUGGAACUGACUCGCCGGGGAUCCAUGCUGGCGACUCACGCGAUGAUGGGGUUUGGCAAGGAUCCAACCGCAUCAAUGUAA